AUGGAGAGUCACAAUGCAGAGGUAGCGAUGGGAAUGGGAGGGUCAAGUGGUACUCACUCAUGUUCACGAUGGAGUCCUACAAAGGAGCAAAUAAGCAUAUUAGAGAAUAUAUAUAAGCAGGGCAUAAGGACACCCACAGCAGAGCAAAUACAACAGAUUACCACUAGGCUCAGUGUGUAUGGUCACAUCGAAGGAAAGAAUGUCUUCUACUGGUUUCAGAAUCAUAAAGCGAGGCAAAGACAAAAGCAGAAGCAAGAAAGCAUUGCAUAUUUCAAUCGCUUUAUUCAUAACUCACAUUCACAGCCCAUUUUCUCUUCGCCAAUUUGCCAAAAUGUCGUCUAUGCCCCAUAUUGCUUACAACAGAGUGAAAUGAGCUUUUAUCCUCAACAACCAAAUGUGCUUGUAGCCGGAGGUAAUGAUCCAAGGACUGAGAAAGUUGUGCCCAUGGGGAUGCCAAAAAUCUGUUAUGGCCCGCAGAUAUACGAACAAUUGCAACAGAGAAUCCCUGAUUACAACUUCAGCAACAGUAACCAAGAAACGUUGACUCUCUUUCCUCUUCACCCAACCGGCAUUUUGGAAAGUAAAACAACAGACAAAGUGCCUUAUGUUGCUUCAAUUGCUGCUGAUAGUUCCACUGAUAUAGAUGAAGAUGGUCGUCCCGGAAACCAAUUGUUCGUUGAUUUUUUUACCUCUGUUCAAGGGUCUCGAGAGAGUGAUUAG